AUAUUUUGGAUUAUUUUAUUACACCCAUAAAGCUCUAAACCAUGAAUAUAAAAACCAAAAAGAGUACUCACAUUCACUGAAUCAAUCUCCUCACUUGUUUGUCUCUGCAAUCAAUCCCUCUCUUCAUCAACCCUAACUAAAUCUUCAUCAAUUUUCUCUCGCUUUUCAUCAAUCUCAGGGAAAAAUGCAAGGGGCUGUUAGAGGUCUUCUCUUAAAUGGAAAGAAUGUAGUCUUGCAACAUGUACGCUUGGGAAAUCAAUUUUUGAGACCUGUUGUGUCUGCACGCUUUGAGUCAGCUACACCUGCUCGUAUGGAUGAGCAUGGGUUUGAGAGAACUACUAUUUCUGAUAUCUUGAAAGAAAAGGGUGAAGGGGCUGAUGGCUCUUGGCUUUGGUGCACAACUAAUGACUCAGUUUAUGAUGCGGUUAAGUCGAUGACACAACACAAUGUGGGAGCAUUGGUGGUUGUGAAGCCUGGAGAGAAAGAAUCAAUUGCUGGCAUCAUCACAGAAAGAGAUUACCUGAGGAAAAUCAUAGUACAAGGAAGAUCCUCAAAGUCCACCAAGGUUGGUGACAUCAUGACUGAAGAGAACAAACUCAUUACAGUUACGCCUGAUACCAAGGUUCUGAAGGCAAUGCAGCUGAUGACAGAUAACCGUAUUCGACACAUUCCAGUGAUUGAUGACAAAGGUAUGAAAGGUAUGGUGUCAAUUGGAGACGUAGUCCGUGCUGUGGUUAGUGAGCACCGAGAUGAAUUAGACCGCUUGAACGCCUUUAUUCAAGGGGGUUACUAAAUGAUGACGAUAAAAAUAAUGCUGCGACUUCUGUAUCAGUACAACUUCAAUGACUGGCGUCAUGCCUGUGAAUAUGUAUGCUGUUUCCGCUUGUUUUCUGGUUGCCCAUCUUCCCGGACAUCUUUUGAAUGUCUGAGAAACCGAGACAUGUUUUUUCGAUUAAGUGCUAAUAAAAGGGUGAAACAGAUACUAUGCCUGAUUUGGAGACACCAA